CCGUCCCUUCCCCGUCGCGCGCGCCAUGACGAUCACCUACAGCUGUGUCGCUAACGGCCGCGCGGUCCUCGCCGAGCUGGCCCUGACCGGCGGCUCCUAUCAGGAAGCAGUGGCGACCGUGCUUAAACUAGUGCUUCUUAGAGCAGAGCCAAAGACCAUAAUGCAGAUGGGAAGCUUUGUCUACCAUACUCUCUUUAUUGAUGGAAUCACUUACCUAUGUGCUACAGACAAUGCCUUGGAUACCAUAACACCAUCUGCAUUUCUUAAAAACAUGAAAUACAAUAAAAAUCAAGACGAUACCCCGAUAUCUACACUGAGGAGUCAAGUAACUGACGUAAAAAAUAUUAUGUCCCAAAAUAUUGAUGAAAUUUUGGAAAGCGAAAACAGAUUGAGUAUCUUCACUGAUAGAACCAAUGAUCUCCAGACAACUGCCAAAGAAUCCCAAAAAACGAGUCAGGCUCUUAGGAGGAUGUGGUGGAAACACUUCAGAAAAGUCAUCAUCAUCACUGUGGUCAUUCUCCUCUCCAUCAUCAUCAUUCUUCUAAGUACGAAUGUGAUACCCACCUGACCCCUUUCCUCCCCGGACCAGCAAUUACCAAUAAAUGGUCACGUGUAAACAGAGGAGUCCAUGACCAGCGAUUACGAAAGUAUCCUCUGGUGCAGGAAGACUGCAGGAAGCGGGGCUUGGACGUCCUUCCUCGUCCCUCGUCCCUGCUGCGGUCCCAUUUGUUGUUCCCACUUCCAGCGGCUUCCCAGCCUCUUGUCCCUUUGUCAAGACGAGGAGCACAAACCGUGGAAUCACAUCACUGAAGCUUAACCCUCCACUCAGCCACAUACCAGCUGGGGGACUCUGGACCAGUUAUUUAACCUGUGCCCUUGUCUCCUCAUCUGUGAAAUGGAGCUGAUAGCAAUACUGCAGAGCAUUAUAUCUACCACGUAGUCAGCGCUGAGCGUUAACUAUGACUUCCUGGGGAAAAAAAUGAUUGCGUUUGUGGCAUUAAAUCUCUAUUAUUUUACUUCUUAGGAAAAAAAGGACUGUGAACUUCUAAUUUCCUUAGGAGUCUUAACAUGAGUACACAGUCCAGAAACAGACAUUCAUCUCUUCUCCAUAUUCUUUCAUUGAAAUGACAGCUCAACCCAUUGUUUUAUACUAGACAUUUCCUUGGAUAAAAAUUUUUAAAUUACAAAGGUGUAUUAUUUCCCUAGGGAGUCACAAGUCCUAUUUUACCACCCUAACAGCCGUUGUCUUUCCCCACAUGAUAUACUUCAUCCAAUAACCUCAAAUCACUAAGAUUUCUAACAACCAAAGCAUCUAACUUCACUUUGCAGUUGUUAACACUUCAUGAGUUGUAUCUCCUAAGUAGGAACUUGAAGUGUGAAGUUGGUUUUAAAAAUCACUUGUUGGGGGGGCACCUGGGUAUCUCAUUCAUUAAGUGUCUGCUUGGGUCAUGAUCCCAGG